AUGCAACCGAUUUCUGCCUUCUACUGGUUCUUCGCCGCCGCACUCGUGUCCGCUUGGUUCGCGCCCAUUCAAGAUUGCGACGAGACGUUCAAUUACUGGGAACCGACGCAUUACUUGUCUCAUGGCUACGGUCUGCAGACGUGGGAAUACUCGCCCGACUAUGCCAUCCGCAGCUGGCUCUACAUCGCCUUCCAUGCCAUUGUUGGCAAUGUGCGACGACUUUUCCCUCACUCGAACAAGGUCGCCGAAUUCUAUUUCGUCCGCUUCGGGCUAGCUUUCGUCUGCGCUAUCACCCAGACAAUUUUGUUCAUGGUGACGAGCACCACACUAAACAGCCGAAUUGGCCUCUUUUUCUUGAUGGCCACCGUCGCGAGCCCCGGAAACUUCCAUGCGAGCACGGCUUUCCUUCCAUCUAGCUUCGCCAUGUACCUGGUAACUGUGGGAGCUGCAGCUUUUAUGAACUGGCGUGGCGGCCUCAAGACAUCUCAGGGCAUUUUCUGGUUUGCCGCUGCCGGUGUUCUUGGAUGGCCUUUUGCUGCUGCUCUUUGCGCACCUUUCAUGUUUGAGGAACUCCUCCUGCUGAUCUUCGGAGACAAGACGGCGAUCUGGGAAGGCUUUAUUCGCAUUGGACGAGGUGUGGUAUCUGCUAUGCUGCUUCUUGCUGGCGACUACUUUGUAAACCUCUUCUUUUACAAGAAGGCAGUUUCUGUGACAUGGAACAUCGUCAAGUACAACAUCUUCUCAUCGGACCAUGGCCCAGAACUAUACGGAACAGAGCCUUGGACCUUUUACUUCAAGAACUUGGCCUUGAACUUUAACCUUUGGUUUGUUCUGGCUCUCGCUGCGCUGCCCCUUUUUAUCCUCCAGAAGAUCAUUUCACCAUCUGGUCAAGGAUUCCAAACUGGAUUGAGGACCGUUGUCUUUCUUUCACCAUUCUAUAUGUGGCUUGCAAUCUUCAGUGCGCAGCCUCACAAGGAAGAGAGGUUCAUGUACCCAGCUUACCCUUUUCUGGCACUGAAUGCUGCUAUCUCUACCCAUAUGAUCCUGACUGCUGUGGGAAAUUCGGAUCCCAAGACACUGGCCGGUAAAAUUCCUGCCAAGCUGAAGCUCGUACUUGUUGCUAUCACCGUGAUUCUAUCAAUUGAUGUCGCGCUGCUCCGAGUCUACGGUAUUUGGUCUGCUUAUUCUGCACCUAUGAAGAUCUACACUCCCCUGUGGGAGGGUAAGGAUGGCAGCGAGCCCAUUGGCAGAGAGGAAGAUACCGUGUGCUUUGGCAAGGAGUGGUAUCGCUUCCCCUCAUCUUACUUCCUACCCCGAGAUAUGCAUGCCAAGUUCAUCCGCUCCGAGUUCAGAGGCCUUCUGCCUGGAGAAUUCGCCCAAGCUGAAACUGGGUUCGGCUUUUGGAGCGGUACUUGGCUCCCUACAUUUGGCAUGAAUGAUCGCAACGAAGAGGACUUGAGCAAGUACACCGAGCUUCCUGCAUGCAACUUCAUUGUUGACACUCAGUACCCCUUGAGGACUGAUCCUUUGCCACCAAACGAGCCCGAUUACAUUGAGGACCAUGCCAACUGGGAGGUCGUCAAGUGUGAGCUGUUCCUUGAUGCCGCAAACACACACCUGCUCGCAAGGACUUUGUGGGUACCUGAUCUGGCCUUCAUCCCAGAUAAGUUCAAGAGAAAAUGGGGGCGCCACUGCUUAUUGCAGCGAAAGAAGCCUGCCAUCGCAUCAUCUGCGUCUAGUUGA